GUUUCCUUUCCUUUCUCUAUUUCUGUCUCACAUUUUCUCUAUCGUUUCGCUUGCUUGUAUACGUUGGUGUGCACGCUCUUAGUUUUUGCUAUUUUUUUUUGAAAAAAAACAUCCCACACGACAAAAAUAUGGCAGACAAGACGACCCAACAAAAAGAGGUCCAAUCCACCGUCGAGGAAGUCGACAAAUCCAAAACCGAGGAACCAACCACUGAGGAGGAUUCCAAAUCGGAAAAUGGAAAAGUCGCCGAAAACGGAGAGGAAGCGGCAGAGAAGGAAAAUGGAAAAGAAGCUGAGAAUAAAAAAACCAUUGCCGCCGCUGACGACACAGAUAAGGUGUGUUCAGUGAAGCGGAAAUCAACGGGUGGUGACGCCACCAGCGAAACUCCCGCUGAAGGUGCAUCCCCUGAGAAAAAGGCCAAAUUGGCUGAAACCACUGAAGCGGAAUCGAAUGGCGAAGCCGAAGUGGCAGCCUAAAAAAAAAGCGACGACGCAGAAAAAAAAACGAUUUUAAUUUUAAGUUGUGUUUUUAUUUCCGUACUUGUGUAAUGUUAGGGUUUGCAAAUUGGUGUAAAAACUAGUCGCCCUAACAUUAUACAAAAUUUUGUAUUAUUACAUGACACCACGUUUCGUAGAAAAUUGCAUUUAUUUUUUAGUUUGAUUUUUGUUGGCAUCGUUACUAACACACACAUUCCCACCACUAGUAUGGAAAAGUUCGAUGUUCUACUGUUGUGGGUGCCAAUUUAUGGUGCAUUUGUGUAUUUAAACAUUCAUUUUUUACAUAAAUCAACGUUAGUUUUCAGUCUAAAUAAUAUUGUCCUGUGUUGUGAAUUUAAUGUAAGAUAUUAUGGCACAUGUUGAGUGUCUUAGAAGAUUUAAGAAUUUUGUUAUUGUAAAAUGUGGUGAAUCUCUAGGAGCCAGCUCUGCCAUUACCUCACUAACACUGGUUUCUAAAAGAAUAUGUGUUCAUAUCAAACAUAGCUUAUUUUGUACUGCUUUCAUUUUUCUAUUCAAUUCAAAAAAAAUACAAAACAAAACAUAGGUUAUGUUGUUAAUUCGGCAACUAACAGUAUUCUGUAAUAACUGGAGUUUUGCUGCUAUGGUACAAACUGAUUGUAUUUAAUGGUAUGGCAAUAAAGAGUUAGUUUCCGGUAA